GUUCAUUCCGCCAUAGGCACAACAGCUCCAAUUAAAGCAAUAAUUUUUAUAUUAAGCUUAAUAGUUUUUCAACGAAGCUAUAGAUAUCACUAAAGGUGGGAAAGGUGACUUUGCCAGUCAAUCGGUCAAACUCAGACGAUUUUGCUCGCGCUAUGAUGUCAAGAAUAGAGCAGUUGUGYUUCUUCGAUAAAGAAGUAAAGAGACACAAUCGAAGGUACAAACGUUAUCGUAAACCUCCUGAAUUAUUGCCAUUUUCUGUUCGGUUAACUGGUCUAAGUGGAGCGGUUAGAGUUGAAGCUUAUCUUAAGCAACAGCAAGCGAAAGAAAAUAAAACUAAAGAAAUUCCUUCGGCAAGAGCUGAUCAAGAACAAGGUGAAGUUUCUCAAGUGAAUGAAGCUGAUACUAGUAUCUUACCAGGAGGUCAAGCUGGAGCUGAACAAAAUCAAGCUAUAUUAAGUAAUUUAUACAAAAUUGGAAGUGAUUUGAAGCAGGAAACAGAAGACGUUGGUGAAAAGAGAAAUUUGUGUCUGCCUAAUCUAAAUUUAAGACAAAUUUCGUCUACAGCGAUUAAAAGUUUCGAGCAGUUAGAAGGCGAUGAUGAAGAAGAAGAUACUCAGCGGUUUUUAUUCGAGGAAAACAAGUUUGCUGCUCCAAAUUUGCUUGCACAGUUAGGUAAACUUCUUGAUUUCCUUCACGGAAAACAAGUUGAGGAAUUCGAGGAUAUUUUUAGUUCAAACAGUGAGUUGGAUACGCCGACAUCAUUUGUUAACAGCGUUCAUGAAACAGAGAUAAACUUACUUCGUGGUGGCGGUGUGAUUUUGCACUUACCAGAAGAGUUGAAUCAAAAACUAUCAUAUAAUUUCGAAGGAUUGAGUUCAAAUGCAGUUUACGUGAGAAGAGAGUGGCAGACUGCUAGCUACAGAGAGCAAGCUAUUCUUCACAAACGGUUAGGGACAACUUUUUCCGAGUUUCAAGUAUUAGACGGUUCAAAUAAAGCAGAACUAAAAUCAACCCAAAAUAUGUCAACUGACAAAAACGCAUGCAAGGUGUCAAUAAACAUAGCUGACACAAAGGACUCAAAUAAAAAGUCACAAAAGGACCAAGACAAUAAUGAAGCAUCUGUACCUUCAAUUUUAAGUCACCGAAAAGACUCAAGAAUCACCAAUGUCAGCCCUACAAAGUUUAAACCUAAGACGAGACUGGAAAAGUUCAAAUUCUACGCCGACAAGGAAGAUCCAAGUCCUCCUGGUAGCCAAACAUUCAUAUCUGCAUCUGCUAAAGCCAGACCUGGAAGUCACGUACAGGUGCAAGGACAAGGAGGGCGUACUCAUGCAGGACAUAGUGGCUUUAGAGGAAGCAUUGUUGGUGAUCAAACACAUUUUGAUGACCAUGUCUUUUAUGAUGAUGAGGGAAAGGACACUUCUGAAGUCCAAUCAACAUCUUUGCAACUUCCUGGCWGUACACCCUCUGUCAUAAACUUUUCUUUAUUGUCAAGAUACUGUGUAGAUAAAGGCUGGGUGGUGCCCCAGUCUGGUGCUGAUGAUCUUGAAAGACAAACUAUGAUUGAAUGGGCAAGAGCACGUUUGUUGCAAGUYAUCAAAGAGAGAGAUGAAGCAGCUGCCAAAGCCAAAGAACUAAAGGAAGAUGGCCCAGUGAUACAAAAGUGGUAUGGYGAUGCACAACUUGAGGCUGCUAUGAAGUACAAGAAAGGGGUAUCAUGGGCAAAGAGAUGGAAAAAAAUGACAGAAAACGACAAUAAAUCUAAAUUUCUUAUUGCUGUUCCAGAUGGGACRACGUUUUGCUAUUACCCAUCUGGCCGCAUGGCUUUAUGUGCUGUAAAACCUGGAUCUGGUCUUCCUGGUAAAUAUACAUUUGUCUAUGGUGACUCUGACGAACAGCCAUUCCUUGGAACAUUUACCCCAUCUGGUGUUGGCUGUUGUUAUAAUUCUAAUGGAGGAAUUAGGUUUGUGUCCACACCCAAAUUUGGAGCAUUGUUUGAAGAGGAUGGUACACUUGAGAGCAAAUGGCGUUGGCCUCUGGGCAAAUUGCAAACUCCUGUUGUAAUUCAGCUCAACAAACAUACGACAUUUCGUUGUACMAGCCAGUCUGGUAUCAUGUUGUACUUCAACUGUCAAAAUGAAACGGCAAAGUUUCCAGUAGGAAUGAUCCCAGGGGUGAAAUCUGUCAAGAUAGAAGAACUGGGUUACCUUCUUACUGAUAACAAGUUUACAUCACAAGCUGCACAACAGUCUAUCAGAGUAAAGCCUAGGAAGAAAGAAAAGAGAAGAAAAACUUUGAAACUGCCCAAGACUGAAGCUAUAACGGAAGAAGUCAUGGAGGAAAGACAAAAAGAACUCGAGGAAAAGUUUCCUGAAAGAAAGGAAAUUGAGUUGGAUGCACCAUGGCAAUUAGAACUAUUAAAAUUGCAGCGCAAAGUCAAGAACCUUGUGUACGAUUGGAUGGACUACUAUCGUAUAUCAGUGGGAAUUGUGUCACCAAAACGAGCACAUCGUCGUCGUUCCAAGUCCCACUCGGCCAAGUCUGUACCCGGUUCUAUGCCGUCAUCAGUGGAUCAGCGUCGUGGAACAAUAUCAGGGCGGUCUCCAUCAGCACCUCCGAUUCCAAGGGCUAAAGCUAUGUCAUCAGUAGCUGAUGUCCAAUGCGUCCGAUCUUCAACACGAUCACACAGCUCUGCCGGGGAGAGAGCSUCUGGGGAUGUUGAAGGKGCUAGUAAGGGAGUAACACUCGAUAUACCUAAGGAUGGUACCCAUACUGUAUCUCAYAUAAAAGCCGGUUCAAUAGCAAGCGGAUCACGCUCUUACAGUAACGCUACAAGUCGCCURCCAUUUCGAUGUGGAAUUGUUCAACAGUCUCGGUCAUCUCCCCCAAGAAAAGGAUGUUGUGUUGCUUUGCGUGCUGAGAUACUUGGUGAAGUGGAACCCCAGUGCAGGUGUGAUCGUCGUAGAAUUCCUCUUAUAACGGAUCUUGAGUACGAUAUUUUCCUAAAGGAACACGUUCCAAGAACACAGAUGAUUGUUGUUAGUGUCACAUCGUCUCUAUAUCCCGAUGCUAAUCCAUGUGACAGCAUGUUAGACCAAUUGUUUUAUGAGAAAAACAGAGACCGUUCUAUACCAUGCGUACAGGCUCGUAGUGACCCAUUUCGUCUGCUUCGGUAUGACAUUGCUGUGGCCACCAUSAACACUGAUCACCAACAAUCACUAUUACUUACAAGACAUAAUGCUGUCCCAGGAAUGUUCUUAAUGUAUGUUGGUGGAAAACUAUUAUUUGCUGAUCACAUUUUUAAUGGUUAUGGCAACGCUAAGAAGGACUUUUUGAAACAGAUUAUGAAAACUCGUAAAGACAGCCUAGUCGGUAAGGCUCUGCCAUACGACUUUAGAUUCACWCCAACACGUGGUCGUUCAGGACCGAGGGCAGCCUGGGGUGGAGAGAUAGGCGGCCCKAAGAUUUCGACUUCUCAAUUGAGUAUUACCAUGGAUGGCACGUCGAGAAUAACGUCAGCAAGCACUGAUAAUUCCAUGUCCACUCUCCUGAUGGACAAUAGGGCAGGUGCUCAAUCUGCAGCAAGUUUUAUUAAAGUUGGAUUGUCAAUCAACAGUCCUUACCCAAGAACUGACAAUCCUGACAGCAGAAUAAAUGAAUUACCCAAGUUAAAUACAGUAGCCUAAUAACCUCUUAGAAUUUGACUUAAACUGUACUGUCUAGUACGUCUAUAAUUGCCGCUUUUCAAUUUUUUUUAUUAGUUUUAUAYAUUCUCAUGGACUUUGUCAAUUAGUCAUCCAAUGAAAAAUAACUAUUUAUAAAAAGUAAUUUUGGAAGCUCAGUUAGAACACGUAUAAAGAAUAUUUCUGUCUAUAUCUAAAAUACAAAUGGAAGAUGAGAAAGACAUUAUUUAUAAAAURCAAGGAACUAUUUAAAGUGGUAAAUUCUUUAUUUGGUUUACUGGUCUUGGAAAGUAUGAUUGACUGAAUGAUUUAUGGAAGCUUUGAUUCAAUCA